AUGACCUACACUCACAUCCCCACAACAAUCCCAGGACCAGGAAUCACUGAAGACGAAUGGAAUGAUGAAUUCAAGGGAUGUGACUGCUUAAUCGAAUGUACUGCAGAAUCCGGGUGCACUUGUCUGACGACUGGAAUCGACAACUAUUCAGAAGAUCGUCGUCUGCUUCCCACGCCAUCAGAAACGCCGCAACUGCUGAUAGAGUGCUCCACGAAUUGCGCGUGUUGUCUGAUGGAGCCGUCGUGUCGGAAUCGAGUCGUGCAGAAUGGGAUAAUGAAGGAAUUGGAGGUUUUCAGUACUUCUGACAAAGGCGACGGCGCGAGAACUCUCCAACCCAUCCAACCUGGUGAAUUCGUUUGCGAGUACGCAAGUGAAUGUAUUGGAGAAGAAGAAGUACAAAAGAGACACGUGGAAUUCAGAGAUGAUAAUUACACAUUGACACUCAAAGAGCAUUUCGGUCAAAAGACUAUCAAAACAUUUCUGGAUCCCAGGCUACGUGGCAAUAUCGGGCGGUUCUUGAAUCAUAGUUGUCAACCGAAUUGUGAUGUCGUCGUUGUGAGAUUGGGAAGGAUGUGCCCGACAGCUGGCAUCUUUGCGAAACGAGAAAUCCAGCCGGGAGAGGAGUUGUGCUACGAUUACGGUAGAUCAGAACUCGAGGGAAACGAUCGAAAACCAUGCCGAUGUGGGACAACAAGUUGUAGAGGAUUCCUGCCGAUGUCCGCUACACCGAAUGAAUAA